UCGAGGAACUUGCUAGAAUUGAGUUUGGCAACAAGAUGCUAGCGCGAUGUUUUUGUCUUAAUAGCCUGAUGCUCAGUACGCUGUGGUGAAGGAAAAAAGUAACCAAUGGAUAUUAUCUGUCCUGACCACAAGAGGAACAGGGGCUCAGCAUGACUGUUCAUUUUGUAAACCCGUGAUGAUCGGAGGCCCGAGCCCCGCCUGACACUACCCAGCAGUUUGUGACCAUCCUGUGACUAGGAGCUUGUGAUGUCAUCAGCUGAAGCGAAAACAUCUACCUCAUGACCUGGCAUGAUGCGUCAGGAUGAAACGCCACAGGCAUCUAAGCACCAGUGACAGUUCAGACAAUGAGAGUCCUUCCACUUCCUUUUCUUCUUGUUCUAAAUACAGGAGCAAGUCAAAAACACCAGCAAAUGAACAAAAGAAACCUGCUGAGGUGUUCCGUAAGGAUCUCAUUAGUGCCAUGAAAUUACCAGAUUCUCACCAUGUUAACCCUGAUGAAUAUUAUAUCUUUGCGGACACAUGGAAACAAGAAUGGGAGAAAGGAGUUCAGGUUCCAGCCAGUCCCGAAACUAUUCCACAACCUUCUCUCAGGGUGGUAGCAGAAAAGGUAAAGGAAGUACUGUAUACGCGACCCAGGAAGUAUAUCCACUGUUCCAGCCAAGAGCCCACGGAACCUGGUUACAUCAACAUCUUGGAAUUGGCAGAAUCUAUGUGUCGCUAUGACUUGGAUGAUAUGGACAUCUUUUGGCUUCAGGAACUAAAUGAGGAGCUUACAGAAAUGGGAUGCGGGCCCCUGGAUGAAAACACAAUGGAAAAGACAAUUGAAGUGCUGGAACGGCACUGUCAUGAGAAUAUGAAUCAUGCUAUUGAGACCGAAGAAGGAUUAGGUAUCGAAUAUGAUGAAGAUGUCAUCUGUGAUGUGUGCCGAUCCCCUGACAGUGAAGAUGGAAAUGAUAUGGUGUUUUGUGACAAGUGUAAUAUCUGUGUCCAUCAGGCGUGUUAUGGAAUCUUAAAAGUACCCGAAGGGAGCUGGCUGUGUCGCACGUGCGUUCUGGGAAUACAUCCGCAGUGUCUCUUGUGUCCCAAAAGAGGAGGUGCCAUGAAAGCUACCAGGACAGGGACCAAGUGGGCACAUGUGAGCUGUGCCCUCUGGAUUCCAGAGGUUAGCAUUGCUUGUCCAGAGAGGAUGGAACCGAUCACAAAGGUGUCUCACAUUCCACCAAGUCGAUGGGCUUUAGUAUGUAGUUUAUGCAAACUGAAAACUGGUGCUUGCAUUCAGUGCUCUGUGAAAAGCUGCAUCACUGCCUUUCAUGUCACCUGUGCCUUUGAGCAUAGCUUAGAGAUGAAAACUAUCCUGGAUGAUGGGGACGAGGUCAAGUUCAAGUCGUACUGUCUAAAGCACAGCAAAAACAAACAGAAUUCUCUGCCUGACAUCGAUGAGCAUCCCAAGAAUGUGUCAGACCAGAAGCAAACUGAGAGUGAGAAAACUAGUUUGCGAGCCCAAAAACUCCGCGAGCUGGAAGAAGAGUUUUACUCACUAGUUAAAGUGGAGGAUGUUGCAGCAGAACUGGGCCUACCUAAACUUGCUGUAGACUUCAUCUACAAUUACUGGAAAUUAAAGCGAAAAAGUAACUUUAACAAACCCUUGUUUCCUCCCAAGGAGGAUGAAGAAAAUGGCUUGGUGCAGCCAAAAGAAGAUAGCAUUCAUACUCGCAUGAGGAUGUUCAUGCAUUUGAGGCAGGACCUAGAGAGGGUAAGAAAUCUCUGCUAUAUGGUAAGCAGGAGGGAGAAACUAAAGUUGUCUCACAGUAAAGUACAUGAACAGGUCUUCAAUUUGCAAGUCCAGCUCAUUAAUCAGGAAAUUGCUGCAGGCCAUACCCUGACAAGUGCACUAGAGAACACGCUGUUCUACCCACCUCCCAGGAUCACCCUGAAGCUAAAAAUGCCCAAAUCGGCACUAGGAGAUUGCAGGAAUAACUCACUGAAGCCUGGCAACAGACCGCUUUCUCCUGAUAACAAUAGCACUGUCUACAGCAAAAGGAGCAUACAGAUGUCAAAGGAAUCGUUUGAAAUAAAAGCAAAGUCUUACUCCAGGUAUCAGCACGACAACCGAAGUAACGGGUUGCUGGGAGGUAUCGGCAAGCCUAGGAGCGAAGCAAAGGAUUCUGGCCCUGUGCCGAUGCCAGAGUUUCACCGGGGCCAGCCCACUGGGAAACCCUUAGCACUUCAAGCUGCUCUGCAUGGCCAGGCUUCCAUUGGGAAUGGGAGGAUGCAGCAGGAGAACUCGAGGCUGGCUGCCAAGUCCAAUGGUUUGAUGGGCAGGGCUGGAGACGUAAGCCAGAGAGACAGCUCUAGCCAGACGCCUUAUGAACAAGAGUCUGUGCUUACGGCUCAUUUGGCCAGCCAGAGUGGUUUUAGGAAAUCCACUAUAGAACAUUUCAGCCGGUCCUUUAAAGAGGCUACCAACAGUUUGGUAAGGACCACAGAAGACCUCCGGUGCUGUGAAAAGCCAACAAGAAGACUUGCUACAAAAGAUCGCUUGUGGAGCAAGCAGGCACUUGAAGGUGCUCCGUACCAGGACAAUGACGGGUACUGUCCCGAUCUAGAGUUGAGUGACUCUGAAGCAGAAAGUGAUGAAAAUAAAGAGCAAGUGAGGCUACGGCGAAGUAGCUCAGAGAGAGAAAGUCCCACUAAGGAUUUUGGAAGAGAUUGUCACAAUAGAAACAAAAAAAAUAUCAUUUCUCACGGUUCAGUACAAAGGUGAUUAGAAGCCCCUACGGGGUAAUUCAGCUUCUGUGUAAUCCAGUGUACCUGUGCAAAGCUCAGCAUCAAAAGGUUCCAGAAAACAGUACAGGACCUACAUUAGGAAGAAUUGCAGUAGGGGAUGGGGGCUGGGAGAGAAAUUGGAGCAGUUUUGUUCAACUGUGAAUUGGCUUACAGUCUUUGGAAGGUUAAUGGAGUUACUGCAAAGUCGUGUAGAAACUGAUAUGUUUUAUUAGAGGUUAACAUCUGGGAAAGUACGAAGCAGUUAACCUUUGCAUAAAUUCAGGACGCUGCUUCCUCCUUGCCAGCUUUUGUGUAAGGCAACACGUUCAUGUUACGGCAGUUUUGUGGCAGUGGACAGCUUUUAAAGGGGUCCUUGCGCUACUCAGUAAUGCGUUGCAGGAGACUGCAAA